UGCUGUGCCAUUAGGGACCAUGAUUUUGCAGACGGCGCUGGGUGCCAGCGUGUGGCGCUUCCUGUUGCAUGACAGCUUGGGCCGCCUGCUUUUGGCCAACGCCCUUCUGGCUGCCCUCUUCUUAGCCGGCAGCGCGCUGCUUUCGAUGCUUCCUGGUGGUGUGGCAGGCGCGAUUUGGAGGACGAUGGCCGUCGGCAUGCUUGGUGCCUCCGGCUAUCUGUAUUUUUCCCUGCUGAGCUUUGGCAAAGUUCAAGCCUUUGUCGGGGCCGGCGAAGAUUUGCGCCGGGUUUACGGGCGCAUGGUUACUGCGCAUCGCUCACCGCGGCCGCCCUUUUGGGCCUUCGGCGGAAAUGUGCAGUUCCUGCCCUGGGUGGUUUACAAUUUGUUCUCCGCGGGAGUCCAGCCAUUGGCCUUUGAGAAGCAGCUGCUUACGGUGCGCGGACUUAAGGACAAAACGAAGCUGGAGAGUGAGACCAACCCUCGCUGCAUGGAAGACGAGGUCGUGCUGAACACGUUUCCAUUUGCGAACUCAGAGCUGCCGACAGAUGCUCCAGCGAUCAUUGUGGAGCCCGGCUUGACGUGCACUGCCCAAGACGUGCCGGGCUCGUCAUUCCUCCGCCGCGCGGUGCACCACAAGUUUCGUGUCGUUGUUGUGGAGCGUAGAGGCCACUGCAAAAAGCUGAAGAGCCCUCGCUGGAACCUUUUCGGAGAUGCGGACGACAGUGAACAGAUCAUCCGAGCCGUGCAGGAGAAGCUGCGGGGAGCCCCGCUUUUUUGGAUCGGCUUCUCUUCUGGCAGCAAGCUGCCCAUCGAGGCCAUGGGCAAGUUCGAUGAGCGCCGGGAGAACGGGGACGCCACAGCGCCGAAGUUCGUGGCCACGGCCUGUGUUUGCCCCGGCUACGAUUUGCAGACCUGCUUCCUGGGCUUCAAGUUUCCUUAUACUCGCCUCUGCCUCUCCAGCACGAAGAGCAAGUUUCUCCGCGAGAACGAAAAUAUACUCCGCAAGUACAACGCGGAUGCGUACGACAAAGCUGCCAACGCGAAGGAUCUGCAGCAGCUCCUAGCGGAAGCGGCGCCUUUCGCUGGCUAUGCGGGCCAUGAGGAGUAUUUCGCGAACGAGAACCCGGUUCUGUUCGCCUCAAAAGUGCGCACGCCCUGCUUGAUCAUCAACGCCAUGGACGACCCCCUGACGGUUCCAACGAACGCCUUCGGCAAACUGCCAGGACAAGAGGACGGGCCCAGCUUUGCCGAAAUGGUCCAGCAGUCCAGCUGUGGCUUGCUGCUGAUGGCGCCAUCAGGCUCGCACUGUCCGUUCCUAGACGGUAAUUUGCCUCUGACCCGUGUCUCACCAGACCUGGGGAGCUUCACUUUGUCCUCCUGGUCAGACUCCUGCGUUUUGGAGUUCUUCCAGGGCUUUCUGGCCGAGCAGUGAGGUAGUGAGGGGCGAUGCGCGUCAGGCUGGGAAUUCUCCGGCGCCCUGCCAUCCCUCUACAUCCUGGCUGUUUCUUCCUUUGUUUGACAAAUGCUGC